AUACAGACAAAAACAGACAAAGGGAAAUGUAUUAAUUUUUAACAUGUUACUCCAGCUUCUUUUUUACUGUUAGUUAUUUUAUGACUCCCCUUUUGAAAAAGAGUAGAUUUGGGUGAAUGAAAAAGCAAUGAGUGGGUUGGAAUAGCCAAGGGAAUGAGGGAGGAGUUUGAAGGGAAGAGCACAAACCAAAGGGAGGGGCGCUGUUUUUGUCUUCAGCUGUAACAAGACAAGACCGAGCAAAUGCCUGCAGAUUUUUCCACUUUUUCAUUCUGCUGUCUCUUGUUUUCUGGCUUAUUACUUGUGGAGCGCAUCUAAAUCCCCUACUGGUACCAUGGAUAAAUUCCAGACAGUCCUACGUUUCUUCAUGAACCAGAAAGCCACAAUUGGCUACAGUUUUAUGGCUCUCCUGACGAUAGGCGGGGAGCGAGUCUUCUCCAUGGUCUCCUUUCAGUGUCCCUGCAACCAUGACCAGAACUUUGCCUAUGGGGUCACAUUUCUGCUUGGACCCGCGGCUGUGCUUCUGGUCUUGGGUCUGUUCUUCAGUGCCAGGUUGUGGAGGCUUUACACUGGGUGCUGCCUCAAUCCCAUGAAGCUUUGUCCCCGUGGAAGAUGCUUUGGAUGCUUCAGAGUGUUAAUGAGCAUCUUUACAGGAGCUUGUGUGGCUCCUAUAAUGUGGCUCUCUGUGGCCCUGCUCAAUGGCACUUUUUAUGAGUGCGCUGUCAGUGGUCUCGACGAAAACCUGGUGGUGGAUCUGUUCUGUAAAAACAAGACCAUGAAGUGUCGGGAGGAGCUAGCCAGAGUUCCCUGUGGCAGGUCCAAGUUAUCUGAUGAGGAGCGCAUGGAUCUGCUGCUGAUGUUCAGGGCCCAAUCUCAGAUUCUGGGUUGGUGCAUUAUCAUCAUCGCAGCUACAUUUGGGCUUCUUGGAACCUGCUACACUAACUGUCGUUCCAAAGUUAGCUUCCUGCAGCUCACAUUCUGGAAACGUUAUGUGGAGCAAGAAAAGGAGCACUUCGAUGCCUACACUCUGAAGUAUGCCUCCAAACUGGCUGAAAGAAACCUACAAAGUUUCUUUGAGAACAAGGAUCCCGUUCCAAUCCCUUUCCCCAACCACAAGGCCUGGGAGCAGAUCUCAGCACUCUACACUUUCUCAAGGAGCGAACAAUAUUACAGUACCUUGCAACGUUACGUGGAGAAAGCAGACAGGGACUUUGCUCCAGAGAAGAGACCUGUCAUGGACUUGGAGCAUGGAAUUGAAAUGAAAUAGACAUUUUUGUGUGUGUGACUAAAACAGCAGACUGGGGAGACUAUUACAGAACCAUUGAAGGGCUCAACCACUCUAUUUCACUGCCUUGUUACUGUUAAGGCUUUCUAUUAAUUCUACAAAGGCCAUACAUUGGAUCUGCACAUACGUAUGUAAAUAACAUUAAAAAAACUUAAUAAGUUGCAAAUAAUAUUCACUUAUUAUAUGACUGACAAUACUGUGGUUUUGGUAUAUCUACUGACAAGUCUAAGUACUUUCCGAGUUUGAAUGCAACACUUUGAUAAUGGUGGAUACAUUUGAGUGUUGAAAAAAAUUGCAUGAUCUCUGUAUAAAAACAUGCACUUAAACUUGUAUAUGUAAAACGAACACACCAUCUUUAACAUGGUAGUGUGACAGUUAAACAUGCAUUGGUACAUCUGUGUGAAUAGAUGCAGGAAAAUGUUUCUUUUGUGUAAACAACGUACAGUAACUUUUUUUUGUUUUGUUCUUGGGAGUCCCAAAGUCAAUUUUUACAACUCAAUAAUGCAUUUGUUAAAUACAUUUGCUAACUGACAUGGUUAAAAGCUAAAGAAGCUGAGCCAAUGAAUUGUUACAGCUGUUAAAACGCACAUUUGCAUCGUUUAAAUAAACUUUGAGUGUGUGUCCAUUUCUACAGUGAGAGAACAGUAGGACCUCACUGACCCUGUCUGUUUUUCCACCAAUAAAAAAGGUGUACAAGUC